AUGGAUGCGAAUACGACACAAAUUGGCAAGCAACUAGAUUUUGCCUUCGUCGGGGCCCUUGCAGAACUGGGCGAGCGACGUGUCCCUGGAGAUCGUAAGACAGCGCAAGAGGAACGUGAGAUCGCCCGAGUUCGCGAUGUUCAAUCUACAACGGAGGUGUUCGAUGGCCGUUUAAAGCUUCGGGCCAUGACAGCGCGGCUUCUACGAGUGUACAGGGCGCGGAUGUUGGCAUCCGUUGUCCUAGAGGCUGCUCCUAUAUCAACGUUUGUGUUGCUGGAUAAGUUGUUUCGCGACUUACUCUGGAGCUUGUACUAUAGUCAAAUUCUGGCUGGAUUCUGGGCCUGCUUGCAGCUCAUGGCUUCGCAUCAGGGGAUGCCUCCGGAAGAAGUGCCCGUUACAUUGUGCCCUCGAGAACAGCUCGUUGUAGAGGGCAUUCCUGACGUUCAUUUCGCUUUUGUCGGUCUGACUGCUGCGGAGCACAAGCGCUAUGAACACAUCAACACGUUGCUCGCCGAGUACGGCACUCCGCGCCUGCUAGAGAUCGGCGUCCGUGUGGGAGAUGUUCCAGCUUAUGUUCUUGAACAUAACCCCGAGUUGACCUAUGUAGGUGUGGAUCCUUACUUUGACGAGGGUGGUGAGCACUACAGAGGACAAGUCGACUACGACAUUGCAAUGAGCCGUAUCGAGAGAUUCGGCUCGCGUGCCGAGAUCUACAGGGGCGUUUUGAGUCAGAUGCCAACAGAAGGCCGGGACAACUUCACGGCCGUUUUCAUUGAUGGUGAUCACAGUUUCAUGUCCGCAUACAAAGACACGAAGUUGUCAGAACAAUUAGUCAUGAAUGGUGGCUUGAUCAUGGGUCACGAUUUCACGCCAUGGUAUUAUGGGAUCAUGUAUGCUGCUACACUUGCCUCUCUCCGACACGGCUCGCUGAGCCUCAGCGAGGCCUCCGAGGCCUCGCCGCCGAGCCGCGGGCCCGGCGGCGAGCACCAGGCCGGGACGCUCGCCGAAAUGCCGUGGGUCGCGAGGAAGGUCAGCGCCCAGUCACAGAACACGUCGGACUUCAUUCAGGCCCAAUCCGUAUCCGUAGAGGAUGACUUCUCGGACCCGACGGUCAUGCUGAACAACAACGUGGCCGACGUGCUGUCGAGGAGACGACCGAGCGCGAAUGCUCUCAUCUCCUCCGGCUACUUCUCCAAGAGGGACCGGCAAAAGUGUGUCAAGCUGUUGCACCUGGACGACGUGGAGGAGCCGUCGUUGGAGGUGAGACUCUCCGUGAACAGUCAGUCGAUGGAGCUGACGCAGUCCUUGUCGUUCCAGGAGCGCGUGAGCCGGCAGCUGACAGGCUCGUCCACCAGGCCGUCUCCCUCUGGGUCGUCGUCGGCGUCCGCGAACAUCCGGAAGCUCUUCAAGGAGGGAACGACCGGAGAGAUGGUGCAGCGGCAGCACAUGGAACUCUUCAAGAUGAUACGCCAGAUCUUCGCGGAUCCCCAGGCGCCCGAGACGGAUGAUGUCCCCGGCAGGGCCUCCAGGGCCUCCACCGGCAGCGUGGACAAUGAGACCAGGUGCUGCUGGCGCUGGGGCAGGCUGCGGGUGGACGCGAG